UUUUUUUUUUCUGAAUGUUCUAUUCCUUUCAAAAACUCCAUGCUUAUCUAAAAUGGAGGCCAAACCCAAACCUGAAUGUUGCAACCCGGUAAAAAAAAGGGGUCCUGUUUCAAUGGAACAUGUUCUUUUAGCAUUAGGGGAAACCAAAGAAGAAAGGGAUUUGAGGAUUCGUAGUUUGUUCAGUUUUUUCGAUGCAGCUGAUGUGGGAUUCUUGGAUUAUACUCAAAUCGAAAAGGGUCUUUCAGCUUUACAGAUUCCUGCUGAGUAUAAGUAUGCCAAUGAUCUUUUGAAAGUUUGUGAUGCAAACAGAGAUGGGUGUGUAGAUUAUUAUGAGUUUAAGAGGUAUAUGGAUGAUAAAGAGCUUGAACUUUAUAGGAUUUUUCAAGCUAUUGAUGUGGAACAUAGUGGUUGCAUUUUGCCUGAAGAGCUUUGGGAUGCACUUGUUAAAGCUGGGAUUCAAAUCAACGAUGAGAAACUUGCUCAAUUUGUGGAGCAUGUCGAUAAGGACAAUAAUGGGAUUAUAACAUUCGAAGAAUGGAGGGAUUUCCUUUUACUCUACCCUCACGAAGCUAAUGUCGAGAACAUCUAUCAUCAUUGGGAAAGGGUUUGCCAUGUAGAUAUUGGAGAACAUGCUGUUAUUCCUCAAGGCAUCAAUAAACACGUUCCGAGAAUCAAUUCUUUUAUUGCAGGGGGAAUAGCAGGUGCGUUUUCUCGUACUGCAACUGCCCCUUUCGAUCGCCUGAAAGUUGUUUUGCAGGUUCAGACUACACGUACAAGUAUUCUGCCUGCUGUAACGAAGAUAUUGAAGGAAGAAGGUUUUUUGGGAUUUUUCCGAGGUAAUGGGUUAAAUAUCGUGAAGGUAACACCCGAAAGUGCUAUCAAGUUCUAUACAUUCGAAAUGCUAAAGGAUGUAAUAGGAGAGCAUAUGGGGGAUAACAAGGGUGAUAUAGGUGCUGGUGGGAAACUUGUUGUCGGUGGUGUUGCGGGUGCAGUGGCACAAUCCACUAUCUACCCAAUGGAUCUUGUAAAAACACGAUUGCAAACUUGUGCUUCCGAAGGUGGAAAGGCUCCGCAUCUAGGGAAGUUAACCCGGGAUAUAUGGGUUCAAGAGGGACCUCGAGCAUUUUACAAAGGUCUUGUGCCAUCUAUUUUCGGAAUUAUCCCUUAUGCCAGUAUCGACCUUACCGUCUAUGAGACCUUGAGAGAUUUCUCAAGGACACAUAUUCUUCAGGACAGUGAACCCGGUCCUCUAGUGAAUAUAUGUUGCGGUGCAAUCUCCGGAGCUUUAGGAGCAACAUGCAUUUACCCUUUGCAGGUUAUUCGAACAAGAAUGCAAGCACAACGUACCACGUCGAACACGGUGUAUAACGGGAUAUCGGACGUAUUUUGGAGAACAUAUAGGAAGGAAGGUUAUAGAGGAUUCUACAAAGGACUAAUACCAACUCUUCUCAAGGUAGUCCCUGCUGCAAGCAGUUCAUAUUUGGUUUAUGAGGCAAUGAAAAAGAGACUAAACUUUGAUUAGUGAAGUCCUAAAGUUUGGGCUUAUAGAGGAAUGUAACUAAUAAUAAGAUAAUUAAAAAAAGUAAAUAAAGGGUAAAAGUACCAUGGACGCCCUUGUACCAAGAGUCGGAUUACAUUUUGCUCUCUCUACUUAAAAUUUGGUCAAAUUAGUUCUUAUAUAUUAUAUCACAGAACAAAUUGAUCCUUUCUAUCAAAAAUUUCAUCCAAUUGUAUUGUUAAAAAUUGUUGUGGCUAAUGGAAUAACUGGACAGUGAUGUAUGGCA